AUGCCGGCGCCCAGUGUGCCCCCGCUCCCGCUGCAAGCAUACAAAGUGCUCUCGUUCGACGUGUACGGCACGCUGAUCGAAUACAAGAGACACAUCCUCUCGGCGUUCCAGCCGCUGCUGUCGCGGCUGCCGGCGUCGUCUCCCUAUCUCGACGAGACGCCGAUCUCGGUUUCCGGCGGAGGUUCCGGCGCGGCUACCAGUGCCAGUGUCGGCUCCGUCGAGUUCCUCAAGCUGUUCCAGCGGCACGAAGACGCCAUCAAGUUGGAGCAGCGGGAUCCGGCGCGGCGGUUGCGGUUCGACGGCAUCCUGCGCGAGAUCUGGCGCCGCGUCGCGCGCGACCUGGCCGUCGACACCUCGGAGGAAGAGGCCCGGCGGUUCGGCAGCGACGUCGUCAUCGCCAGUUGGCCCGCGUUUCCGGGCACCGUGGACGCGCUGAGACGGCUGGGUCGGCGGUAUAGGCUUGUGGCGCUGUCUAAUGUCGACAGUUACGCUUGGUCCAUCACCACUAAGAGUAAGAGUAAGAGUACCAGUGCCAGUGCCAGUGCCAGUGCCGGUGCCAAUACUAGCACGGCUAGCCAGCCUGACGCUGACGCCGACGCCGACGCCGACGCCGGUGCCCUCGCCACAGUGGAUUGGUGGAAGGUAUUUACGGCCGACAACUUCGGCGACGAUGUCGAGAACGCCGACGACGUCAAGUUAGAAACACUGGUCAAAUACUGCGCCGACCACGGGGUCGCGAAACACGAAAUCCUCCACGUCGCCCAGAGUCUCGGCCACGACCACGCGCCCGCGAAACGCCAACGUCUGGCUUCGGUCUUUGUUGUCGGCGACGGGCCCUUCUGGGGCAAGGAGGCCGAGAGUAGAUUGGCCCUCGAGCGGGACUUGGUCGGCUAUGCCUGGCGCUUUGGCAAUCUCGUCGAGUUCGCCGACUUUGUGGAUAACAUCAACUCGUCCCCGGCACAUGCUGCCGGUGGCUCGGACGAUGCAUGA